AUGGCAGUUUCACAAUCAUCACCUCACCAUGUGGUUCUCUUCCCUUACAUGUCAAAGGGCCACACCAUCCCUCUCCUCCGAUUCGCCCGUCUCCUCCUCCGUCACCGCCGUGUCAUCUCCGACUCCGAUGACGGCGAAGUACCAAGCAUUUUCGUCACCGUUUUCACCACCCCAAAAAACCAACCUUUCGUCUCAAGCUUCCUCUCCGACGUCACAUCAUAUACCAAAAUAAUAUCCCUCCCUUUCCCGGAAAAUAUCACCGGAAUCCCUCCCGGCGUCGAGAGCACCGACAAGCUCCCUUCUAUGUCGCUCUACGUGCCCUUCACGCGCGCGACCAAAUCUCUCCAGCCUCUCUUCGAAGAAACACUCAAGAAUCUUCCACAAGUUUCUUUCAUCGUCUCCGAUGGAUUCCUCUGGUGGACAUUGGAAUCCGCCGCUAAAUUCGAGAUCCCGAGACUCGCCUUCUACGGCAUGAACUCCUACGCCACGGCUAUCUACUCCUCCGUUUCGGUACACCAACUCUUUACAAAGCCGGAAACUGUUAUAUCUGAUACCGAACCGGUUAUUGUACCGGAUUUUCAAUGGAUCCGCGUUAAGAAGUGCGAACUCGACCCGGUUAUAACCGACCCGAAUCAAUCUGGUCCAAGUUUUGAGCUAUUCAUGGACCAUAUUCUGUCCACUAAUAAAAGCCAUGGAGUUAUAAGGAACAGCUAUUACGAGCUCGAAUCAACGUUCGUUGACUUCAAACCCCGUGUUAACGGUGGGCCCAAGCCGUGGUGUGUUGGGCCUUUGUGUUUAGUAGAUUCUCCUAAACCGGAAUAUGAUAAACCGAGUUGGAUUAAUUGGUUGGACCGGAAACGAGUGGAAGGACGACCGGUUUUGUAUGUGGCGUUUGGAACGCAGGCGGAGAUAUCGAACGAGCAACUCAAGGAAAUAGCAUUUGGGUUGGAAGAUUCCAAGGUUAACUUCUUAUGGGUGACGAGAAAGGACGUGGAAGAAGUGAUUGGAGAAGUAGGGUUCGAAGAUAGAGUGAGAGAGCGUGGGAUGAUCGUGAGAGAUUGGGUGGACCAGUGGGAGAUACUGUCGCAUGAAAGUGUGAAAGUGUUUUUGAGCCAUUGUGGAUGGAACUCGGCGCAAGAAAGCAUUUGCGCCGGAAUUCCACUGCUCGCGUGGCCAAUGAUGGCCGAGCAGCCGCUCAAUGCGAAGUUGGUUGUGGAGGAGCUAAAGAUCGGGUUAAGAAUCGAAACAGAAGAUGGAAGUAUCAAAGGGUUCGUUAUAAGAGAUGAACUAAGUCGAAAGGUUAAAGAAUUGAUGGAAGGAGAGAUGGGAAAGACUGCGAGGAAGAAUGUGGAAGAGUAUGCAGAAAUGGCUAAAGAAGCUUUAGCUCCCGGUUCUGGUUCGUCGUGGAAGAAUUUGAGUACGCUUCUUGAAGAGUUAUGCAAGAGUAGAGAGACAAAUUGUGUUAGUAAAAUUGUCAAGUGA